UUAGCAGAGCACAGUCACACUAGCGGCAAACGCGACGAAAAAUAAACAAAAUAUUGACAGAUUAAGGAAAUAUAGCCAACAAAUCCCUUAAACAUAGCUAAAAUGGUUUACAUACACUUUCCCAGCAAUCUAACAGAAGAGGAGCAGAUGCUGCAAGCCAAAUAUCAGAAGCUCAAGAAGAAGAAAAAGGCUCUGCAGGCACAUAAGGCACCUAAACCAGAGCCGGAGAGCUCCAUGACCCUGAAGCGACCCACGGAUGCUCGUGAUGCGCGUGAGGUGGCCCGCAAGCUGAUCAAGAGCGGCGCCAUUCCCGCCAUUCAGAAGCAGCAAACAAAGCAGGAUCAGACCUCGUUCAAGCGACCAAAGGGUCAGGAGCGCGCUAAACGCUCCACCUCGGAGACCAGCUCCUACCAGCCCUUCUCCUCCACGCAGAAUGACGUCGCCCAGGAGACCAUUAUCAGUGAGAUCAUCAAGGAAGAGCCGCGCAGGCCCACUCCAAAUCUGUACCAGCACUUUGCCACUGAGCGGGAUCGUGAGGAGCGCGGAAUGCCUGAGAAGGUUCCGAUGGAUACCACUCCACCGCCAGAGAAGCCGCGGGCCGGCAACACUAUCUUUGUGUCUGGUAACAAGGUCACCGAGGAUUUCCUAAAGAAAACAUUCAACGACUAUGGCACAAUAGUGAAUGUGUCGAUGGAAAUUGAAAAGAGUCGCGGCUUUGUUUCCUUCGCCAAGCCAGAGUCAGCGGAUCGGGCUAUUGCAGAAAUGCAUGGAAAGAAUGUGAACGGCAUUAACUUGCAAGUGCAACUGGCUAGACGUCAACCCCAAAUAGAGCCUAUUAACGAUGCCUCUUCAUCGGCAGUCUGGUCUUCAAUUGCUGCCAGCAAAUCGCAGAAGGGUAGUCACAAGGACCAUCGGGAGAUGGUUCUGUACAACGAGGACUUUUUGCUUUAAAGCAGCAAUAUUUUGCUAACCGGAACUCAUAGGUUACAGGGGUGUUAUAAUCGAAAAGUGUUUGGAAAGGCAUAAAGAAAGCAUUUCCGACCAUAGCAUUACAACGCAAGAUAAUUUUUGACAUGUCCGUCUGUCUGUGUGAAUUCAUACUGCCCACUAAGUCUUAACAAAUAUUAAUUUUUUUUUUAAACCAAUAUUAACAGGAUCUAAACUAACCAAAUCCCAUUCUAAUUUGUAAAAGAAUCUAUACUUUUUUAGAGAUAAAUGGCAAAUAAUAUUUUUAGCCACAUAAGAGUACAAUUAUGAGUAGCCACAAAUGAAAUAUCGGCAAGCUUUAGAAAAAUAUCAACAAAUUUACAUUAUCUUUUUUUUCAAUCGAAUGCAUUAUAAAUAGAUUUUUGGAAAGUUCAACGCCCAGAACUUUGGGUAUCGGUUAUUUUACAGUCCUGGACACCCGACUGUAGUUCUCCAACUUAUUCAAAACUAGUUUUUAACUUCUCCCUCCCUAUUUAUAAAGAAAAACACAGUUAUUUAUAUUUUAUAUUUUUUUGCUUUAUUGAAAAUACGCUUCUAUAUAUUUAUGUAUAUAUGUUCCCUUUCUGGCUAAGUACUCGCAUUUCAAAUUAUAUAACGUUUUCAAAUGAA